CGAGAUUUUAUCGCUAGCAAAAUUUUUUUUUUUUCCGUUAAUUAUCCCUGAAGCGUAGCAAAGUAAGCUAGGUUAUUGGAAUUCAAGUUAAUUGUAGCCGGUGUACCGCUCACACGUUCGUCGAGUUUGCUGUGAGCGCGGUGGCUCAUGAAAAUCGCUGUGAAAGUGCAAAAUCCGCCAGAGCAGUGCAUUGUUGACAAACCACAAAUUCUGGCCCGCAGUAAAAACAUGAAAUCGGAUAACUUCCGGCUCAUAGCAGAGGUGGCCAAGCGGCGGUGCCUGUGGGACACCAACUUGGCCAUGGCCUACCGCAACCAGGAGGCGGCGGCCCAGUGGGCCGAUGUGGCGCAAAUUUUGCAGCAGGAUGUCAUGCUGUGCAAGAAGCGUUUCAAGGGAAUGCGGGAUAGCUACCGGGCGGAGGUGCGCAAGAUCCAGCAGAAGCGCAUCCAAAUGUCCCACUGGACGUACUUUCGAUCGCUGGAGUUCAUGCGCCACCUCUUCGAUCCGGAGCAUCUGGUCCCCUUUCCCCCGGAGCCAUUCGAUAUAGACGCCGAACUACUGGCAAACUGCGAUUCCCCCCGGCUGGUGGACUUUGCCAUCGAUGUGGAUGAUGAUGACUCCGUUGACUUCGAGAUCAUGGAGGACAUUUUCAGGCGGGAAUCUUCGGUGCCCCAGGAUUCGGGCUCAGAUGGCGGUUCGCUGAUCAAGCCGUUGGAUUCCAUAUCCUCAGCUGCCCGGGAUCCCUCGCCCAAGUUGCUUUCGCCCAUGUAUUUGCCACACAAUAAUAAUAAUAAUAAUAAGCAAUUCCUGCCACGCCCACCGCCGCCCUCGAAAAGAUAUCGCCGCCGGAAGACCUCCCCUGAGUUCGAUGGCCCUAUUGUGAAUGGCCACACCAAGCAGGCCACACCAAAUUCUGCCGCUGAAUCCGACCUCAAGAACGAUUCGGACUACAGCUUCAUGGUGAGCAUGGUGCCGCACGUCAAGUCGCUGUCAGCCAUCAGCAACCUUAAGUUUCGAAUGGAGAUGGCACGGGUUUUAGUGGAGCUCAGGAAGGAGGAUCAGCAGCUGCUUGAAGGAGCGGGACGAGAAGAAGGCGAAAGUGUGGGCGGAUUGCCGAAACUAACGCCCGCUCCGGACUCUAGUUUCGCCUCUCACCCGGAGGAACCCAAGUACUAUCCCUCAAAUUCCAGUUACCACAUCGGUAGCCCGCAAUCCCCAUCCUCGUACGACUUUGUGGACAGCUCCAUUAUUGAGUGCGAUGUCAAGAUUGAGAACGAAGCCUUGCUUUGAGGUUUCCAGCUUACACAUUUUUAGCAAUCAUCCAAAUUUAAAUUACGAUUUUACAUUCAUGUGGAAUUUUUUAUUGAAUUCCCUCUUACAAUUUAUAUCUUGAUUUUGUAUUGUUUUAAUUAUAUUUUUACCGUACUCAAUGACGAGUAUGUUCUGGGUUUUGCCAGUUUUAUUUGUACUUCAUAGCAAUAUCCUAAACAUAAGACCGUUUUACACAUUGUAUUCUUGCUUUUGAACACAAAUAUUAUUCUAGGUAAAAGUUUGCAAAUCUAAUAAAUUUGUUUACAAAUCAUUUUCAUCUGUUAAGGUACGAUAUAUAUAGGCAAUUAUGGUACGCCCCAGAGUUCAGAUGAAUAAAAAUUGAAUAUAACAAA